UGCCGGUUUGUCAUCCCUUGAGAAGCUAAAACAAACACCCCAUACUCAUUUUGAGAAAUUAUUCUCUGGCAAAUGAUUUUGCUGUUGUUGCCUCUUCUUCCCUUAAACAUAAUUAACUCAUUCAUUAUCAUAUACCAGUGUUUCCAUUGCAAAUAUCAUGCGUCUCCCAAGACAUGUCUUACCUUCAAACUCACGCACUCUUACCACUCACACCACUCACAUUCACCUCCAACAACCACUUCUACAAAUGGCCCUUUCCGCCUUUGACACCAACUUCCAAACCUACAAUGCAAUCUUGAACGAAUGCGUGAACAAAAGGGCAUUCAGAGAAGGACAGAGAGUCCAUGCCCACAUGAUCAAAACCCGCUAUCUUCCUUCUGUGUUUCUCAGGACAAGGUUGAUUGUGUUGUACACCAAGUGUGACUCUCUGGGAGAUGCUCGCCACGUGUUUGAUGAAAUGCCUGAACGGAAUGUUGUGUCGUGGACUGCUAUGAUUUCGGCUUAUUCUCAAAGAGGGUAUGCCUCUCAAGCUUUAAAUCUUUUUCUGCAGAUGUUAAGAUCAGGAACAAAACCUAAUGAGUUCACUUUUGCUACAGUGUUUACUUCAUGUACAAGUUCUACAGGUUUCAGUUUAGGGAGGCAAAUCCACUCUCUUAUCAUAAAAUCUAAUUAUGAAGAUCAUGUUUUUGUUGGCAGCUCACUCCUUGACAUGUAUGCCAAAGAUGGUAAAAUUCAUGAAGCUCGAACAGUGUUUGAAUGCUUGCCAGAAAGAGACGUAGUUUCUUGUACUGCUAUAAUCUCUGGAUAUGCACAGCUUGGUUUGGAUGAAGAGGCGUUGGAGCUAUUUCGCCGUUUGCAAGGGGAAGGAAUGCAAUCAAAUUAUGUUACUUAUACUGGUGUUAUAACUGCACUUUCUGGGCUUGCUGCUCUAGAUCUCGGCAAGCAAGUCCACAACCAUGUUCUUCGCUCUGAAAUUCCCUCAUUCGUGGUUCUCCAAAACUCAUUGAUAGACAUGUACUCAAAAUGUGGAAACCUCACUUACUCAAGAAGGAUAUUUGAUACCAUGUUUGAGAGAACUGUUAUCUCUUGGAAUGCAAUGCUUGUUGGGUAUAGCAAACACGGAGAGGGAAGAGAAGUGCUUAAGCUUUUUACUUUAAUGGGAGAAGAAAAAGAAGUCAAACCUGACAGUGUCACAAUGUUAGCCGUUUUAUCUGGCUGCAGUCAUGGAGGACUAGAAGAUACAGGGCUUAAUAUUUUUCAUGAUAUGACCAGUGGAAAAAUUGGAUUUGAGCCAAAAAUGGAGCACUACGGGUGCGUUGUUGAUUUGCUUGGACGUUCUGGUCGACUAGAAGAAGCUUUUGAGUUCAUUAAAAGUAUGCCUUUUGAACCAACAGCUGCUAUAUGGGGUUCCCUUUUAGGUGCUAGCAGAGUUCAUUCAAAUGUGGACAUUGGUGAACUUGUGGGUCAUCGACUUCUAGAAAUUGAGCCCGGAAAUGCUGGAAAUUAUGUUAUUCUGUCUAAUUUAUAUGCUUCGGCUGGAAGAUGGGAAGAUGUAAGAUCAUUAAGGGACCUCAUGUUGAAGAAGACAGUAGUGAAAGAGCCUGGAAGAAGCUGGAUUGAGCUUGAUCAAGUACUUCAUACUUUCCAUGCUAGUGAUCACUCCCAUCCAAGAAGAGAAGAGAUAUGUGUAAAAGUGAAGGAAUUAUCAGUUAGUUUUAAAGAGGUUGGCUAUGUUCCUGAUUUAAGCUGUGCUUUACAUGAUGUGGAUGAGGAGCAGAAGGAGAAGAUACUUCUAGGCCACAGUGAAAAGUUGGCCUUGUCUUUUGGUCUAAUUGCUACUGCUGAAAAUGUUCCAAUACGUGUCAUAAAAAAUCUGCGUAUUUGUGUUGAUUGUCAUAAUUUUGCUAAAUACAUCUCAAAAGUUUAUGGCAGAGAAGUGUCUUUGCGGGACAAAAAUCGGUUUCAUCGAAUUGUGGGAGGAAAAUGUUCGUGUGGAGAUUACUGGUGAGAAGACCGUGAUAGAGAGCACUCGAUGACUAGAUUCUUGAUGUUGUGCAAUUUUUGAGGGGGAAGUAGAGGAAGAUAGAUGAGAAAGGAAACAUCGACCUGCCAAAAGUGGGAUGUAACUUAUGAGAAGAUUCAAAAUGGUAUGGGUCAUAAAGGAUCAAAAUGCUGCAUUUUUAUUGGUUCUUUAUUUACCCAAAACCAAGGAAUUGAAAAAUUACAUCUACAGGGAAGGAAUUUUCAGGAUUCCUUGCACUUCUCUCCCCUUCUAUUUCUCCAUCACUUUGUAUUGCAAAACCAAGAUAUUCAAACCACGUGACUUGAUGAAUGAUAUGGUCUCAAAGUUUCACCUCUAGGUUAGAAACGCUUCUUCUUUUAUCGAACUUACAUUCCAUAUAUUCCGUCUUACUUCUUAGGCGAAAACUAUGUUUUUCUAAAGCUCGUCUCCAAGUCUCCAACUUCUCAUUUAAAUCCUCCUUUGACUCUCCAAGUAGGACUACAUCAUCUACAAAAAGUAUGCAUCUCGGUGCUAGCUCUUAGAUGUGUUCCGUGAGGUAGUUUACACAUAAUGUUCCAAGUAAACUAUAAUCUUUUGAGCUUGUCUUAGUCUCUAGCAAACAAUGUGUUGUAGAUAGGUCUUAUAGAAGUUGCCAUUAAGAUUAGUCAUCUCCUUAUUUGUUUUCCUGGUUCUAGCAUUGAACUCUUCAUAUUAGUUAUCUCCAUAUCCUCCAGCAUUGAAUUCUUCAGAUUAGCUAUCUCCAUAUCCUCUUUUUUUUCCCUUUGUUCCAUUUUUAUGAUUCUUCAUUUCAAAUUUGAUAAGUGCUUCACUUGUGUCACGAUGAGAUGUCUGAUCUGUUUUUUCGGCUGAAAUUUGAUGCAUUACACUUAUAGAGGCUACAUUUAUGCUGUAAAUGGAUUCAAUGAUAAUGGGUCAUCACUGAACAUUCUCUGACAGCGUUAAAUUUGCACCAAUUGCAGUAGUUACAUCAAGAAUUUGAGUGGAAUUUCUUAUCCAACAAGUUCUUUACUUUCCUUGAAGGCCUUCUCUGUGCAAAAAGCUUAUAUACUUCUCCGAGUGAGCCUGAGAAGCCAACAGCAUGAUAUUUUGAUAGUGAUGUUUUUGACAUGCUAAAUUUUGAUAAAUUGAAAGAUGAAGACAUCUUAUGCAGAAUACCGUCGCAGUUGCUGCUUUUCCGUUUAACUUGCAUGUACCUGAAUCACAUGGCAUCUUUUAACAAGUAGAACCCGCUCUUUAUAGCUUUGAUCUCCAAAAAUGUUAUUGAGCAAAAAGAUUUCUUCAUCAUUCAUCAGUUUCGAAUUUUAUUUAAGACAAGAAAUGGGUGAUCCCUCAAGGUUUAUCCCUGAAGGUUGCUUUCCGUCAUGAAGAUAUCAUGCAGUUGAAUCCCUUUGUUUCAGGAUGAUAAUCAAUUAGUUUUGGAUCCUUCUAAUUCAAGCACCUUGUCCUUUAAAUAAGCUUUUCACUUCUUGCAUCCUUUGCAGACCCCUGUAUCUUGGUAUAAGUUAAUGUGGUCUCAUAUCAUUCGUCCAACAAGCUCGUUCUUAGACCGGAGGGCCCUUUCGCUCAAGCAGUUUGCAAUUGACUGAGCUUUUCUGUUAAUUAUUAACAUUGAUUUAUCUGAUUUUGCACCUAUAUUCUCUAUUUGUAACAGGACUUGGAGCUCUGGCUGCAAUCAUUGUCACCUUUUGGUUUGUUUGGUAUUGUUGCAGUAAGAGCAAAUUUGGAAGUCAGCCAUUAACAUGACUGUGGCAUCUACUUCUAUUGUUGGGAAGUGCUCCAAGGGUCAUAUGUCCUCCUAUGUCUAAUAUUUAUUCAUUUUAAAGCUCUUCGUGUACCGGGACAUAUUAGCAAAGCUCCUUAUAUAAUUCAAGUUGACCUGAUCCCUCCUCUCUGUAGUCGGAUAAAAUGUAAUAUAGAUAGAGUUGCUAGUUGCUCUCCUUGUCAUGCAGGAGGAGGUAACAUUUUCAGGUUUAAAAGUGAAUCAAGUCUUGGCUGUUUUGCCUGUUAUUACACAUCUCAAGUUCUUACGAGGACAUGAAGAGGCAUAACAAAGAAAGGCAGUAUAAAAGACUUGAAGGGCUUAGAACUCCAAUGACAAGGGCAAGAUUUUAGAAGGCUAAAGAGGCUCUGAUUAAUUUUGUAAACACUAUUUGAAGUAAGUCCUAGUCUUGAAGAAAUAUAGUAAAUUGUUUAAUCUAAAUAGAAGAAGUAAAGGCAUGAAGGUUGCUUUGCUUCUAAGUAUAAUUCAAAAAUUAUUAUUAGUUUUACUAAGUAUCAUGAAAAAUUAGUUUUAUUGAGUUAUCAUUUUUCUUGAAUCUUUUUUCCAUUACUACCUCUCAAAAUGUAUGCUUGUAUACUAGCAUGAAAAC